AUGCCAGUUUUCAGACAGGGUGAUCAUGUGUGGGUGUGUUUGUCCUUCAACAAGGAAUACGAUGUCCCCAUUGGUGCAGUUGUGAAGGAUAACACCAACCCUAAUAAAGUCUUGAUAGAAGAUGAUGAGGGAAAGGAAUGCUGGAUUGAAGCUCAGGACUUCAAAUGCCUCCAACUCAUGCACCCCACUUCAGCUGAGGGGGUGGAAGACAUGAUCUUACUGGGGGACCUGAACGAAGCUGGUAUGGUGCACAACCUUCUCAUCCGAUACCAGGAGCACAAAAUUUAUACUUACACCGGUUCCAUCUUGGUGGCUGUGAACCCCUAUCAGGUGCUGCCCAUCUACACUAUGGACCAGAUCCAGCUGUACUACAACAGGCGGGUAGGGGAACUCCCCCCUCACAUCUUUGCCAUCGCAGACAGCUGCUAUUUCAGCAUGAAGAAAAACAAGAGAGACCAGUGCUGCAUUAUCAGUGGUGAAUCAGGAGCAGGGAAGACAGAGACAACCAAACUGAUACUUCAAUUCUUAGCCAUCAUUAGUGGACAGCAUUCUUCUAUUGAGCAGCAGGUCCUGGAAGCCAACCCCAUUCUAGAAGCCUUUGGCAAUGCCAAGACAGUUCGAAAUGACAACUCAAGCCGCUUUGGGAAAUACAUUGAAAUCCACUUCAAUAAAAAUGGAGUGAUUGAAGGAGCCCAGAUAGAACAUUUCCUGCUGGAGAAGUCCCGGGUGUGCCGACAGGCCCCAGAAGAGAGGAACUACCACAUCUUUUACUGCAUGCUAAUGGGGAUGAAUGAGGAGCAAAAGAAGCUACUAAGUUUGGGGACAGUCUCUGAAUACAACUACCUCACCAUGGGGGGCUGCACAUCCUGUGAGGGUCAAAAUGAUGUAAAGGAUUAUGCCUCCCUUCGCUCCGCUAUGAAAGUUCUUAUGUUCUCUGAUUCUGAAAACUGGGAUAUUAGCAAAUUGUUGGCAGCUAUUCUUCACCUGGGUAACGUGGAGUUUUCAGCUGCUAUUUCUGAUAAUCUGGACUGCUCCGAAGUCAAGGAGACCCCACAUUUUCUAGCUGCAGUUAAGUUACUGGAGGUGAAAGAUACAGAGCUCGAAACCUGUCUGACCAAUCAUUACAUCAUCAUCAGAGGGGAAGGCGUCUCCCGACCUCUGAACAUCAUCCAGGCCAGCGACCGGCGAGAUGCUUUUGUCAAGGGAAUUUAUGGACAUCUCUUCCUAUGGAUAGUCAACAAGAUCAAUGCUGCAAUCUUCAAGAAACCUUCCCAAGACCCUCAGAAUAUGUGCAGGUCCAUUGGCCUCCUGGACAUAUUUGGCUUUGAAAACUUUCAUACAAAUAGCUUUGAGCAAUUCUGCAUCAACUUGGCCAAUGAGCAUCUCCAACAAUUCUUUGUCCGCCACGUCUUCACAAUGGAGCAGGAAGAAUACCACUCGGAGAACAUCUCCUGGAAGUAUAUCCACUUCAAUGACAAUCGGCCAACUUUGGACCUGAUAGCUCUCAAACCAAUGAACAUCAUCUCACUGAUGGAUGAGGAGAGCAAAUUCCCUAAGGGCACAGAUGCUACCAUGAUACAAAAAAUGAACCAUCUUCACAGCAGCAGCAAAAUAUAUGUAGCACCCAAGAACGAUCAUGACAUGAAAUUUGGCAUUAAUCAUUUUGCUGGUUUGGUUCAUUAUCAGGCUGAAGGUUUCUUGGAGAAGAAUCGUGAUGUUCUGAGUACCGAUAUCAUCAAACUGGUAUAUUCAUCUGAAAGUAAGUUCCUGAAAAAAAUUUUUCAGUUGGAACCUUCCCUGAUCAAGCUAGGCCAUGGGACCAUCCGUCUGUCUAGGUCUUCAGAUUCCCUCUCUAAGAAUGCUGAUGCCACCAAACGCCCCUCUACCCUAGCAAGCCAGUUCAAGCAGUCCCUGGAUCAGCUGAUGAAAAUCCUGAACAAUUGCCAACCUUAUUUUGUCCGCUGCAUCAAACCCAAUGAGUUCAAGAAACCACUGCUCUUUGAUCGGGAGCUGUGUCUCCAGCAGCUACGCUACUCAGGCAUGAUGGAGACUGUGAAGAUCAGGAAAUCAGGCUAUCCCAUUCGCUACACCUUUGAAGAUUUCUUCAAGAGGUACAAGACGCUACUGCCUGGGGCUGCUCGAGUUGAGCUGCAGGACAAGCCUCGUCAGGCCACUCUGCGCAUCUCAGAAAACUGCCUAGGGAAAGAUGACUGGAAAAUGGGAAAGACCAAAAUCUUCCUGAAGGAUUACCAAGACACCAUUUUGGAGGUGCAGAGAAGCCAAGCGCUGCACAAGAGUGCUAUAAUCAUACAGAAAGCUGUCCGGGGAUACAAGUACAGGAAGGAAUUCCUGAAUCAGAAGCGAGCAGCUGUGACCCUUCAGGCAAUGUGGAGAGGUUAUACUUCCAGAAAGAAUUACAAACUGAUCCUUUUGGGCUUUGAGAGGCUACAGGCUAUUGCUCGAAGGCAGCAAUUGGCAAAGCAAUAUAAGGCCACACGGGCCAAAGUUAUCCAGUUCCAGGCCCUUUGCCGAGGUUAUCUGAUUCGUCAGAAGAUUGCAGAGAAGAAGCGUGCAGUGGUGGUGAUCCAGUCAUAUGCAAGGGGAAUGGCUGCCCGACAAAGUUUCAAGAAGAGAAAAAGAGAGCACAAGAACAGAGUUAAGGCAGAGAAGUUCCAUGUGCAGGAGGAGGAACACUUGAGGCUGAUCGUCGGGUCACAGAAGGCAAAGAAAGAAGCCAGUCGUCUGGAAAAGGAACAUCUGGCUGCCCUGGAGAAAGAAGAGAAGAAGAAGAAGGAAAUAGCCCAACCUGCCAAGAAACGCCAUUCAAUCUAUGACCCUGUCAAUGAUACUGAAAUGGUUGAGGAAGUAUUUGGCUUCCUUCCAGUGAUCAUAGGGGGCCAGGAAGGCCAGGCACCACAGGGAUUUGAGGACCUGGAAACAACCACUCCAAAGUUGACUGAGGUAGACUUGGACACUAUCCCUAUGUCCGUGGAGUCUGACGAAGACACCGAUGACCUGGACAAGUAUACUUUCCCCAAAUUUGCCGCUACCUACUUCCAGAAGAAUGCCACACACACACACAUUCGCCGGCCCCUCCACCACCCAUUGCUCUUCCAUGAGGAGGAUGAAGACUUCAAGACUGCUCUAGUUGUGUGGAAGAUUAUCCUGCGAUUCAUGGGAGAAUUUCCUGAGCCACAGCUGUUUGCCAAGAGCAGCAAUCCCCAGGCUAAAUCAGUAACAAGACAAAUCCAAGACACUCUGGGCAAGAAGAGCAGCGCCCAGUUUCUGACGGAGAGUGUGCCAGAGAAGAAUUCCACUUUGAGGAACAAGAGCAACAGAGACAUUUCCUCCAUGAAGCUGAAGCGUUCAUCCAAGUUGACAGGACAGGUAGCAAGCACACUGAGCAUCGGAGAGGAGGCCUUCGAGGAAGAAAGUCCUAUCACAGAACGACCUAUGUCCAACCUGGAAAAGGUACACUUCAUCAUCAGGAAUGCCAUCCAACAACCCAAUAUGAGAGAUGAGAUCUACUGCCACAUCUGCAAGCAGCUGUCUGAGAACUAUAACAAGAGCAGUUUUGCAAGAGGGUGGAUUCUACUGUGUCUCUGCCUUGGCUGCUUCCCCCCUUCGGAGAAGUUUAUUAAGGCAGUCAAGUCCAAGACUCCUAUUCCCUUCAACGUCACCCUGAUGAAUGGGGAAAGCCUGACCAUUGCAGCCGACUCUGCCUCUUCUUCCAAGGAGGUCUGUCAGCAUAUAGCUGAUAAACUACAACUGAAGGAUCUCUUUGGGUUUUCCCUCUAUAUUGCCAUCUAUGACAAGGUGGAGGGCAUGAUCCAUGUGAUGGAUGCCAUCUCCCAGUGUGAACAACUGACCAAGGAGAAGGGUGAGAAUGAACGCCAGUCCCCUUGGCGUUUCUUCUUCCGAAAAGAAAUCUUCACUCCAUGGCAUGACUUCAAGGAGGAUGCUGUCAGCACAGAACUCAUUUAUAGCCAGAUUAUCAGAGGAUUCCGGUUUGGAGAAUACCGCUUGGAGAAGGAGGAAGACUUGGUGGAGGUGGUAGCCAAGCACUGCUAUAUUGAGUUUGGGAGCUCCAUCCAGAGCAGUGACAUCCAGAAGACCCUUCCCGCCUGCAUCCCUGGAAAGAUGCUCAAGACAAAGCCACAAGAACAGUGGGUCAACCUUGUGACUGCAGCCUGUGCAAAGGCUCCCUACAUCCAAAAUCGUUCCUCUCCACUAUUGGUAAAGGAACAAAUUGUGAUGAUGGUUUUCUUUCAAUGGCCUCUACUGUUCUCCAAGUUUUUUGAAGUUACCAAAAUUUCAGGGCCCAGCCUGCCCAAGACGCAGCUGAUUUUGGCCAUUAUGAAAGGUCUCUGCUGCCUUGACAAAUCAGAGAAGAAACUUUUGGACCUGACUUUCCCUGAGGUUACUGGCAUAGUCACCAACAGGGUUCCCCAGGUGUUUAAGCAGAAUUUCACCCUGUCCACCCUGAAGACAGAGGAGUAUGUGUUUGCCUCCAGCGAGAACGUGGCCAUCACCAAGCUAGUGGCCAUGUUCCUGGAGGGUCUGAAGAAUAGAUCCACAUAUGCGAUGGCCAUAAGAGAUAUGAAAUCCACAGAUGACCCCACCAUCCUGUUGUAUAAAAAAGGAGACUUGCUGAUCCUGACCAAAGGUGAAGGGUUAUUGUCCAGUGACAACUGGAUCCUGGCCAACAAUGAUAGGACGGGCAAGACUGGAAUAGUAUCCUCUGACAACAUCUAUAUCAUCCCCACCAUCAUAAAGCCCACCCCCUCGAUGAUGAGUUUGUUGGCAAUGUCCCCUGAAGAUCGGAAGCUGUCUGUCCAGAAUGCACAACCACAAGAAUAUGCAGAAGAUGAGUCCAAGGAAAAGCCAUACACACUAGAGGAAUAUUCCUAUGAAUACUUCAGGCCCCCUGAAAAGGAGACUAUCAACAAAGUCAUGUUCCCCAAAGCACGGGGUAAGAGCCAGCUGUGGGAGCAUUCCCGGGAGCCCCUCAAACAGCCACUACUGAAGAGAGUUCAUGCCAACGUGGAUCUUCGGGACAUUGCGUGCCAGAUCUUUGCUGCCAUCCUGAAGUACAUGGGAGACUACCCAUCCAAGCAGGCCAGAGACCCCGUGGAGCUCACCGACCAGAUCUUCACAGCCCCCAUCCAAGAGGCUACACUAAGGGAUGAAGUCUACUGCCAGAUCAUGAAGCAAUUGACAAGCAACACUAACAGUUACAGCUUGGAGCGUGGCUGGCAGCUUCUCUGGCUCUGCACUGGCCUCUUCCCGCCUACUAAAACUCUGCUGACCCAUACCCAGAAGUUCAUCGAGUGGAGGAGAAAAAAGCAACUCAUUGCACCUGAUUGUAGCAGAAGGCUUCAAAGAGUGAUGAGGCUGGGCCCCAGGAAGUAUCCCCCUCACCAUGUGGAGGUAGAGGCCAUUGAGCAAAACAUCACCAGGAUCUGCCACAAGGUUUAUUUUCCCAAUGACACAGAUGAGAUCUUUGAAGUUGGGAGCAGCACAAAGGUUCGGGAGCUGUGUCAAAGCAUCAGCACUCACCUGCAACUAAACUCCUGGGAGGGCUGUAGCCUGUUUGUCAAGAUUUCAGACAAGGUCAUCAGCCAAAAUGAAAAGGACUUCUUCUUUGAUUCCUUAAGGCAGGUGUCUGACUGGAUAAAAAAGACCAAGCCCACAAAAGAAGGGGUAACGGUAAACCUGUCCUACAACGUGUACUUCAUGAGAAAACUCUGGCUGAAUGUGUCUCCUGGAAAAGAUUUGUAUGCUGACACCAUCCUUCACUAUCAUCAGGAGCUGCCCAAGUACCUGCGUGGAUUCCACAAAUGCUCCAGGGAAGAUGCCAUCCAGCUUGCAGGUCUCAUUUACAAGGUCCAGUUUGAUGAUGACAGGUCCCAGCUUGCCACUGUCUCCAAGAUCCUGAAAGAUCUGGUGCCUGAGAACUUGAUCCGAUUGAUGUCUUCAGAGGAAUGGAAAAAGAAUAUCUUUGCUGCUUACAGUAAGUAUGAAGACAAGACAGUGGAUGAAGCCAAGGUGGCCUUCCUGAAGGUGAUUUACCGAUGGCCCACCUUUGGGUCAGCCUUCUUUGAGGUGAAGCAAAGCUCAGAGCCUGCUUACCCAGAGAUCAUCCUCAUUGCCAUCAACAAGCAUGGAUUGCAACUCAUUCAUCCCAAGACCAAGGAGCUCCUUAACACCUACCCCUUUACAAAAAUCUCCAGCUGGAGCAGUGGCAGUACCUACUUCCACCUGGUGCUUGGGAAUCUCGUGAGGGGGAAUCGGCUGCUGUGUGAGACCUCCCUGGGCUAUAAGAUGGAUGACCUACUGACAUCAUAUGUCCAGAUGCUCCUGAGUGUAGUGAACAAGCAGAAGAAUUUCCAAACCUCAGACUGA